AUGGCGACUGACACAUUGGAACGUCAAGUCAAGUUAGAAAUUACGUUAAUCCUAGCAUUCUCAUCUAGCGCACCGAAAACUCAUCGGGGACGCAAAUUUCUCUCUAAGCGGGAACCUCAAAUUCAUGAAAACGAUAAGCAGACACUGAUUAUCAGGGGGACUCACACUGGUGAAAUCGUAAAUAGCUUCUUGACGGAUAUUUUUAUGCUCAAGAAGCCGCUUGUUAACAAGCUGAGAUGGAAAAAUCGGGUACUGCCGUUUGAGGAUGCCACAUUCAUUGUACGUGAGCACAUGUGUAACAAAUACGAUUGUUCCCUUUUUGUAAUGGGAACGCACUCAAAGAAAAGGCCGAACAACAUCGUCAUUGGACGGUUAUACGAUCAUGAGAUUCUCGAUAUGCACGAAUUGGGAAUAGAGAAAUAUGUGUCAAUGCAUUCAGUCGAAACAAAACUUCCUCUCGGCUCAAAACCCAUUUUAAUAUUUUCUGGUGAGGCUUUUGAUGAAGAUGGUGAAUCGAAGCUCCUAAAGUCUGUGCUCAUUGAUCUGUUUAGGGGUCCAAAAGUGUCCUGUAUAAAUUCAUCAGGUCUGGAAUACGUUAUCCACUUUCUAAUGCCUGAACCCAGGAAACUCUUUAUGCGUGUGUUGACAAUUAAGCUGGAGGAGCUCAAAAAACCAUCGAAAGAUGAACAUGUGGGAGAUGUAGAACAACUUGCAACCGCAGAGGCUCUUAAAACUCCCUGGGGGCCUUAUGUUCAUUUAAGACUUUGUGACUCCGCUCCUGAUGUCGAUUUUGUUCUUCGGCGUCAUCAAAUGCCGUCAGAGGACAAGUGGAAGCGCUCUUUAAGGGUUCCACCACAGUUAUGGCCAAAAAGAGACAAGCCCACUAGAAAUCGCAGUGUUGAUGUUUAUGGCAGUAAGGUGGCUCAGAUCCACCUGCAGCGGGAGCACACGUUGGACAAACUGCGGCCGGGCUCAUCUAUGCGCACCGCACUGACUGGUCGUGUGAAACGCGGCUUUGAGAGACAACCGGAGCCAAAUAAGGCAAGGGGCGGGAAGAAGCGGAAAAUGGUUGGCGAGAAUGUUACAAGUGCUAUCAAAACAAAAAGACAAAAAUUGAAUUUAUGA